UGAGGAUUCAAACAGUCCUUUCUGCAUGAACAAGACUGAAGGAACUGUUCAGCUGCCUCUUCUGAGACUCUGCUUCAAGGGGAGCAAGAGCCCUUCACUGAAAUCCUCCCACCAUGCUGGGGCUGCUGCUGCUGCUGCAGGUGUUGGCGAGCUGCCUCUGUCCGGGACACAGCGAGGUGGUGAAGUCCUUUCAAGGACCUUGUACUCGGUUCUUCUAUGAGAAGACCCCCCCAAGUGAUGGCAUUCGUCCAGUGAAUGCAGCCAGGAUCUGCCAGGUCUAUAAAAACCAAUAUCGCUUUGCCACCCUGUAUGACAGAACCAAUAGAAUUCCAGUGUACUCUGCUUACAUCUACCAGCCUGGACCAGGAGACAGACAUGACACAUGGUAUAUUGAGCCCCAGCUGAUCCAGCAAGAUUAUCACAAGUAUAUGGAAACAGAGGAUUCCAUCAUACAUACCUACGGGAUCACUCCAGCAGAUAUUGGCAAGAAUCAGGCCAUUCUCCAGGACUACAUUGAUGCCCAGGGUCUGGACCGUGGUCACUUGAGUCCCUGUGGCCACCAAAUUAAUGAGGAGUACAAGAACUCUACCUUCACCCUCACCAACAUAGUGCCCCAGUACAGCAAACUCAACCAGGGUGCCUGGAAACACUACGAGGACACAACGAUGCACCAGAACACCCAAGGCUGUGAUACCACCUAUGUCAUCACGGGUGUUGUGCCUGGGGAGGACAAGGUCCCCAGUCAGAGGGUUAAUAUACCCAGCCACAUCUGGUCAGCUGCCUGCUGUGUGAAGGGAAAAAAGCCCAUAAAGGCUUGGGGGGCCAUCGCUGAGAACAAGAGAAACAUGAACGUGGUGACUAACCUCAAGCUGGGGAAACUUGAGGAGAUGUUGACCAAGCUCUAUAAGGGGACGGUGGUUACUCUGUUCAAGAAUGAUUGUCCCCGGCAGAUGGAAAAGGCUCAGGAGAUUUUCUAACAUGUCACAGAAUCACAGAAUCACAAAAUGGGUUGGUUUUGAGGGGAGCGUAGAGCAUUAAAAUUCAUGUAUUUUGACCUGCUUGCCAGGGGCAGGGACACCUUCCACUGCCCCAGGUUGUUCCAAGCCAUCCCCAGCCUGGCCUUGAGCGCUUCCAGGGAUGGGGCAGUCAGAACAGCUCUGGGUAUCUUUUGCUCUAUAUACCACAGCCUGCUCCCAGGAAUUUGCUCCUUUAGGGUAUGCCCUCUAACCCUGCCCUCCAUCAGUGUGAAACCAUUCCCUCUUGUCCUGUCACUCCAUCCCCUUGUCCAAAGAGCCUCUCCAGCCCUCUUAGACAUCCUGUAGGUACUGGACUCUCUGGACUCUUCUCCAGGCUGAACAUGCCCAGCUCCCUCAGCCUCUCUCCAGAGCAGAUGGGCUCCAGCCCUCAGAGCACCUUCAUGGCCUGCACUGGACUCCACUCCAACAGCUUUGGAUCCUUCUUGAGCUGUGGGCCCCAGAGCUGGAGGCAGCACUGCAGCUGGGCUCUCAGCAGAGCAGAGCACAGGGGGACAAAUGUCCUG